AUGUUAGGAGAAAUCAGUCAGGUUGUGCUGGGGUGGUUGGAAAAUGGGGUUCCCCCAAAAGUCUGUUUGCCCACACCAAAGCCUUCUGCUGCUUGGGGUGGUAGCAAUGGGUCCCCUGACUGUAACCCAGCCCCAGAAGUAUCUGCACUAAUGAAUGUGGGGCAGUUUGGAUCUUUGAAGGGAUUCAUUAAAAAAAAAAGCAUUGUUAAAUUUGAGAUAUAUCUAGGAAAUCUGAUAUUUGGCUCUAGUCAAGAUGAUAGGCAAAGUAAUAAUAAAGCUGCCUUCAGCAACAUUACCUGCCUGGCAUGUGUUGCAGAUGCUUCAUCAAAGAGUGCCUCAGUCCCUGAUGAAAUUGGUGCGUGCGGACAUUCCAGAACAUCAAGCUAUGCAAGUCAGCAGUCAAAACUGUCAGGAUACAGCACGUGUCACUCCAGAUCAGCCAGCCUGUCUGAACUCUGCCACAGGAGAAACGCCUCGGUAGGUAGUGCCUCAACAGGAAUUGGGAGUAUUCUAGAACCCUGUGAAGAGACUGAGACAAAAGGAACCGAUGCGGAUACAUCUAUUAAAGAGGCAUCGUCAGAAAAACUGUGCAGGUAUCCUGUAAAGCAAGACUCUGUGGAGUCGCAGCUGAAGAGGGUUGAUGCUACCAGAGUGGAUGCUGACGACGUAGUUGAAAAAAUACUGCAGAGUCAAGACUUCAGUUUAGACUCAAGUGCGGAAGAAGAGGGCUUAAGGUUAUUUGUGGGUCCUGGUGGAAGCACUUCAUUUGGAAGCCAUCAUCUACCUAACAGAGUGGGAUCUGGAGCGUAUGAACAGGUGGUGAUAAAAUGCUAGGCUAGAGUGACUUGGCCAGAAGAGGAAAACAGAACUCUUUCAGCAACAUUCUGAUUCAUGGUUCUUCAACUGCAAGAGAUGUGAAAGCCAAGAUGAAGUUUGUAUGAACUUGUUUUGGGAAAAGUAAUGGAAUGCCUCUUGCUCGGAGAGCUCCGUCUUCUACGAUAUCAAGGCGAUAUCGAGACGUCUACAUGCUGUGCAAGUACUUGGACUGUUUCUAUAAGCUGUACCUGAUGUUGAAGUGAAUUACUUUGAAGUUGUUCCAUAAAUGUUUAGCAGCAUGAUUAAGUGGGUCCUAUUUCCAUGUUUUACAUAGCAGGUCACAUGCAGUUAUGUGCCCUGCAGCUUCUUUUCUAAACUAACUUCAAGAAGUCAUAAAUGAGCCUGUAGAAACGAACUAAGACUAGAUUUCAUUCUACCUGCCACUAAAGCCUUAGAAAAGCUACCUCUUUCUAUUAAGUCAAAGCUCCUAUCGCGUGAAGGUUAUGGCUUCCCCAGAGCACUGUUUUAAACAGCAAAAGUAUUGUCUUAAAAGUAUUCAGCAUCAUUUCCUUUUAAGGUUAAGGAGAGGAGGUGAAAUUCACUUGUUUAGAAAAGACUCUGUAGACACCUAUCAGCCAGUAAUAGGAUGCGUUAGUUGUAGUUGAUAUCUAGAUGCUUACACGUAGCAAAUGCACUGUGCAAGGGACAAAGUAGGAUACGCAAUGCACAGCAGUCGUUACGAAGAACGCUGGUUGUUUCCCUUAGGAUUGGUAAGGAUGGAGUUCAGAAGCCCCUUAUGCAGAAACUUGCUUCUGUGCACAAACCCAGAGAUUCAGUGGGAUGGUGCCAUUUACAGACCCCAUCAGCAGUUUACUACCACCGUAACUCUUUAUUGUAGCUUAACCCUCCUCAGUUAGUGCUUUCCUAGUGUUCUGAAGGUGCCUUGAGGGAUAGGGAAGGUACAGAGAUAUUCAACCACUUAGUAAGCGAUUGAAGCUUUAAAACUAGGUAAGCAUCUGAACUACUACCUGUUUAACUUGUUAAGAUAAGCACUUUAUUGUAGACGUAUUCUGUGCUCUUAAAAAGAAUUACUGUGCAGCAGAUUUGCCUUUCGAUGUUGAACAGUUAUUCCUUCGCUAUCUGUCCACUGUUAGGUUAAGGACAAUGUACUGCACUUGAAUUUGUGCUAACGGUGCUUUGCCUGCCAGGUGAGGAAGAGGAAUGAAGAAAGAGCAGGACUAAAAUUGUCAGAAGGAAUUACGGAAGAAUCCAUCUUUCUAAUGAAGUAGUUCCAAUGACACAUCUGUGGUUUGGGCUGGGAUCUGCUGUGUUCUUGAUUGCAAACUGCAGGUGACGUGUGUUCUAUUAGGACUGAUGGUAUUAUUAAUCAGUAAGGCUUAAAGAACGCAAAUAGCGUGGCCUUUUUUUUUUUUUUUUAAAAAAGGAAGCACCAAAUGCUUUUAGAUUCAUCCCAAACUGAAGUUUGGAGUCGUGCUAUUGAAGUAUAAGUAGGCCUUACUUAAUCAGUUGUAUUAGGGAAUAUCAGACCGUGUUUUCCAUAAAUACAUAGUAGUUAUUAAGUUCACUUGCGUUCAUAAGGAAGCUUCAGAGUUUGAAGCUUGAGUAGUGUUACUGAAUGAGAUGAAUGAGUUAUUUCUCUAUUAUGGUACUUCAACACCAAUUUCCUACUGUAAACUGUUAUCUAAACAUUGUAAUGGGUAAAAAGAAUUCAUGCAAAUAUAUUAGCUGCUGUGUGAUAUUAUCUGAAAUUGCAGUGGAGAGAGGGAUGAACAAGCAGUCCUUAACUGCCAGUGUACUGUCUCUCAGAGCCCGAUAGUUUCUUAAUUUAUACAACCCAGGAUAAACUGCCACAGCCCACUGCAAGCCAGAAGAUGCGUGGGAAUCGCAUUGUGUUGCUUUCAGUGCUCCUAAACACUGCGACACUUUUGUGACCCAUCAGUAGGACCAGCAUUGGUUUGGUGUUAGGUGCUUUACGUUUACCAGGAAAACUAGGCACAGCCAGAAGGCAUAUAAAAACACUGUACACCUACCUAUGUAAUUGUGAAGGGAAAUUUCCAUAGCCCAGAUUGGCAUUUUAUUGUUUAUCUGCAACCUACAAUUCUUUACCAAGUUAUGCUAUUGUUGUGCAUGUUUUAGAUGGAACACAACCUUAAUACUUAAAUACAUGUUCUUUUUUUUGUAAACUGUGCUGUAAGAAUAUUGGACACUCAUUUUGAACUGUUUGGGAUGUGUUUUCUAGCUGUACUUAAUGCCAGUAUCUCAGACACAAAUAAACCGAUGUUGCAUAGAA